AUGAUGACUCGUAACCCAGUCCGGCAAGGGUCAUCCUCGUAUCCUAACCUUCGACAAAGCCUUGUGACCGGUGCAAUGCUCUCACAACGUCCUCAUUCCAUCAACUUGCCCUCGCCUACAGCCUCCCAUUAUGCUAGCUCCUUGCAACUGCCAAGAUCUGGCUCACCCAAUAGCUUCGUUCGGGCCAACAUCGCCGAGUUGAGCGCUGACCAUCACCGCGCCCAAGCUCGUGCGGAGGUUAUUGAAGCUGACGCACGCUCUGAACGGCGCAUCGGACGCUCUCGAGCGCCAGGACGCUCUGCCGUCAGCGGCUCUGUUCAAUCUCGAUCACCUUCGCGUCAACUUCAGUCACGGCAUUCCUCGCGAGCGCGAUUGGCGAGCGGGGUGUCCCGAUACCCGUCCUCUGCUACAAGUAGCCGCAUCUCCCUCGCGCCAGCUCAGAUCGGGGUGAUAACUCCCGCCGGAGAAUACAGGACACAGACGCCUGUCAAUGCACCUUCAGUGCACGAAUCAUCAUCUUCCUCAGCCCCGGGCAUACGCCUCGAACCGCCUUCUCCAGAGCAAGGACGCCGCCGGAGCGCUCGCAAAUCCAGCGAUAUGAUCGACGUGAAAAUACAGCCUCCGAGCUCAGAGUCUCUGCAGAGUAUUUCUGACCGUUAUGCAUCGCCGUCUCCCACUGCUGCCGAGGGUUACUCUGGCCAAAGUCAUAUGUCUGACCGCUUGAGCGCGAUCUUACCGGCCUCCGAUGAUGGCCUUGAUGAGGCAUAUAUGGCCGAACAAGCUUGCCCACUUGGUUUCACAGCGCCCGAAGUACCACCCGGUCAUACGCUCGAUGAACUGGUACCUCGCGAGGGACCACGUUAUACAAGACAAGUCUGGGUGCAGGAAGACCACUGGUCGUUCGAGGUACCACCGCUUUCCCGCUUGGACUUCCCCCACUCGUCCGAUGGCUGGAGCCUUGAUCCAGAUCUCCAAGGGUGGGAGCCUGUUACCCAUCCCGAGGGUGGACUAUACUUUUGUCAUCGAGAGAGGCGCGUAUUCACAGAGGCCUACUUGUACAACGAUGUAUACAUGGAGGAAGUGGAGCUUUUGAUCGACUAUCUCAACAGGCUGUCGGUAGCAUAUACUGGAGCACCCCUUCCGUCAGAUUGUGAUCUCGUCAUACAAGUGACCCACAACAAGUCCGAAGACGAUAAACGUACGGCGUGGCACUACUAUCUUGCCGAUCAUGAAACUCGCAGUGUAUUCUGGUUACGUCCGUUCCAAGCAGGAGAUCAUCUCGGUGAAGUAUACGGUGACGUGAGUCCUGCGCACUUCAAGCACCUUCUCGAGUCUUGGUACUGGGACCAUGUAUCUAUGUUACCCGAUAACUUUCAGUCUCACGAUUGUAUCGUGGAUGAGCUUGUGGGUGACUUGACGUACCAUUGCGUUGACCAUAUAACGUCACCCAACACGACAGUCCCGUAUACUCUGAAUGAAUUGACAGACCUGAUAAGAUUGUUAGGAAGAAAGGGACACGGUACUGGUGCAACGUCGUUUGCUGCUGCACUCGCACGCAUCAUGGCUAUAUUCUGUCAUUGGCGCUUCGUGCAUUAUCAUGGGCAACGAAGUGCUAGACUGGAUCGUCUAGAAAGCGUCCGCGACAUCACCUCACCACGCCCUCGUACUUGGCUCAUGCAGCUCUUCUCCUUCCUUUUCCUCUUCGCUCCAGAAGUUCACCUCCGAGACAUGGAGAAGGUGUAUGUGGACGGCAUUGUCACCAGCUAUCUGUGGAAGCGUCAUAUUUCGAAGCUACAAGGCGAAUGGGAAGAGCUGAUUGCUUAUGCAACGAUCAUUCUAACAGCCAGUGUCUCGAUGCUAUCCGUUCCUGACGUGAUCUUGUUCUCCGACAACCCGAAUCCUCCUGGUGGUGGCAGUAACAUUCAAAGCUACUUGCCGCCACUACACUCUCCUGCGGCCAUCGCAAGCUAUGUAUCGAUUAUCUGUAGUAUCGGGAGCAUCGUGCUGGGCUUGAUGCUCGUGCAUCACAAUCGCACCAAGAAUCGGGAAGAUUCCGAUGAUGCAGCAGCUUACAUGAAGCGGAAGGACUCGUUCCACUUUCAUCACGAGCCGCUAGCUAUACUAUACAGCCUUCCAUACGCACUUCUGAUGUGGUCCAUGCUUUCGUUCGCAACCAGCGUCGUGAUCUUCACCCUCGACAAGACCGACAUAGUUACCCAAUCUACCGUCGCCCUGAUCUCUUUCGGAGUCUCCUGCCUCACUAUCUGGUGCGUCAUCGCCACUUGGGAGACAGAAGAUUCACCACGGCUGGACAUACUACGACAUGCCGUCCGGCAGAUGGCGAUUUAUCUGCGAGGCGAGAACGACAACUCACCCACAACACUCAAAAGCGAUGGUGCAUCGCAAAGCUCCGGAGUGGCGCCGCGCAUAAACCUACAGCACGUCAAUGGUGUAUUGCUGUAUCCUAAGGAUAUCGAGAUCGGGGUUUCCAAGAUGUUGUGA